AUUACAUUGUAUUGACCUAAAAUACUUGAUCAACACAUGAAUAAUCGCAAUCGGGGUUGGGGUCGAUAUGGCCCUAGAACCGGAAGACCUGGUGCCGAGCCAGUUCCUGCGGAGGGACCGGAGGUCUUAGUCAUCAACGAGCGGGAGUUGCGGGCCUUCAUCUUCCGGGUGUACCUAUCCUCCGUAGUGCUGUGCCUGCUGACUUCCAUUUCGUGGAUCAUACUGUCGGCACUCACUGUGAGGGUCGACAAGGCAAUUCCAGUGCCGCCGUACGUGUGGCUGAUAUUAGCUUUCAUCCUCCUCUCGGUGCUCGGAUGCAUCGGACAGACUCCAGCACUGACCUUGUUAUGCUGGGGAUUGAUGCUGGGAUCUUUGUUCUUCGUCACCCUGUUCGGAGCGUAUUAUAUGCACCUAGUGCGCGUCUCGGUCCUCUUGAUUGCCAUUUUGGUUGCUGGAUCCCUGCUGGCCCUGCUGCACUUGUAUGGGGCCAAAAGUCCGGAGGUUUUGCUACCCAACAUUAUCUGUACCUGCUGCAUUUUUCUGCUGCUCACCGUCACCGUGCUCGUCCUAAUGAUACUCUUCGCUGUCAUCAGUGAUAUGCGGUACCUCCUGGCCGUGGCCAUCAUAUUCGUCAUCAUUAUCGCGUUCAUGGCUCCAUUUCAGGCUCGUUACGUUUGUGGAAGACUGCAGCAGGUGCCUUAUGGGCAGACUGCGGAUUGCGCCACUGACAUUCACCUACAAUUUUGUUUUCUACUCGCCUGCAUGCUCAUUAUUGCCCAGUACUAUAGUUGAAUAAAGUCAGUCUAAAAUGUUGGGGCUGAUGUGCAAAUAGCCUAGAAAUGUAUAUGCGACUAUG